UGUGGGCUAGAGCAUAUAUAGGUCUGCAGUGCAGACAAGUUUAGUUUGUGUUUUCUGGUUCAGAUGGAGGAUAUUGUUUGAGAUACGUUGACGACAAUUACGAAAAUGUCUCUGACAGUCACCUUGUUUUUAUCUGUUCUUCUUAAUCUCUGCAAUCUUGUUUCAAGUGAAGAUGAACAGAAGUUUAAAGGUGAGAAUUUCACCGUUAAGUGCCCUACAGCUGACCAAAAGGCGCUGGGUGUGUAUCUGCUGAGCAGACGAGAGUUCAUCCGUGAAGUUCUCUAUUACUAUUUUAAUAACAGCAAGUUAACUAUACAUGAAGACUACAAAGGACGCGUUGAAGUCAGUGUUGAGAAAAAAACUCUGACCAUAAACAUCUUUAACCUACAACAGAAGGACACUGGGGCUUAUUGGUGCACUUGCAACAUUUUUAAUGCCAACUGCCACAUGACAACAGAAACAGGAGUUUUUAUUUUUGUUAAUGAGAUCCCAAUUAAAUCAGCUCCUUCCACUGCUAAUAAUGCCACUGGCAUGAGGGAUUUUCUGAUACCAGUGACAGCUCUGACAGCUGGGAGUGUGCUGUUACUGCUGAUCUUGGUGGCUGUAGUGUGGAUGGUACCCAAGAUAAAGGAACACCGCAGAAGAAAGAGGGAAGAAGAGAGAAGACAUGCUAAUGGAAUAUACGAGGACAUGAGGUGUAAGAAAAAUGGCUUCUAGACAUGUACGCACAGAAAUAUACUUGGUGGGAUUUCUGUAUUCAAAAUUUGCCCAUGAAGCCACAUGUGGUGGUGUUUGCUCCCGCAAUAUUAUUUGCAAAAAAUCUCUUUAUAAAUAUAAUGUAAAUUCUCUUUUACAAUGUUGAUUUCUGAAAACCUUGUCAUAUAGUUUCUGAAGUGUUUUUAAUUUUGUAACUGUUUAGGCUGUUAGCAAGUUCAUCUGAUUUGUUUUUUUCUUCUUCUUUGUUUUCAUGUUUGACCUAUUUCUGCUGAAACUUGGCAACUGACAUGUUCAAGGACAUGUUAGUUCCUCUUUUGUAAACAGCUUAAAUUUUAGAAUCUUUUUAAAAUUCGUCUCAGUCCUCUUAUGUCUUCUGUAAGUAAGUUAUCUUCUGUAAUUUUUGUUAUUUUGUGUAUUUUACUAAGCUUUUCAUGUUAGUUAGUCCAUUAGCAUUAAAUGAGUGAUUGGGUUUGGCCUGUAGCUGAAACUUGAAUCCAAUGUUUAAUUAUUUUACUUCAGCUAUAUUAUCUGUGCAUUUGUUUAAUAACAUUUUUAAAAUGAACAAAUAUACUUAUGUGGACUCUAGACGCAUAUCUGAUGUACCUUUUGUCAGAGUAAGAGUGAGACAGAGACCCAAUAGCAGAAGAACAGUUCAAAGGAUUUAUUAACAACAAAUGUCAACAUAAACUGCACUGGCAAUGAAUAGGAAUCCCAGCAGCGGCUGCAGUAGCAGGAGGCGAGGAACAAGUUUGUGUGCACGUUGUGGCCGCCCAGCGGGCAAAGGAUGAGUGUGAUCAUAGACAGGUGUAU